UACAUGGGUAUGUCGAGAGCAUCGCUUGACCCAGCUUAGCCCACCACCUACGUCCGCCAUGGCGACUUUGCUAUCCAUUCCCGGGAGCUUCGUCGCCCAGGCUCAUACCAUCCUCGGGGCUUCGGCGUUCGCUUGUGCCUUGUGUAUCGGUUGGGCUGGAGGGCUGUGGGAAGCGUUGUGCGAGAAUUCGGUUGCCAAGUGGCCUGUGGAAUGGUUCCCCUCAGUCUCAGCGACCAUUGGUGACCAUGCUCUCCCAAGAGCGCCUUUCCACAUCCUCAUCGCCCUUUGUGCUACCCCUCGCUUCUUGCUGCUUGGCGCACAGUGGAUGCUGCAUCGAAAUCGCCCAGCGAGGAGAGGGUCAUCAACGUCGACCUCGGAUGCUUCUUUCGCUCAGUCUACGGCAAUAUCAGCUGGCUCCGUCCGAACAAGAGCCAACGCUAAAGCUGCCGAACUGGUUGACGGCGUCGUCCAACCGUUAGAAGAAGCCGCCAGGGAAGAAGAGCGGGCCGGAGGGUCAAGAACAGCAGACAUAGAACUGAUGGCAGGUCUUGGGAGGACAUUCUGCUGUGGUGGAUGGGUGUACAUUACUUCUCGAGAUAAUCACGACCUUCACGAUUUUUUUAUGAUCAUCUAUCUGAUACUCAAUCUACCUUGGAUGUUUCUUGCUAUGCAACAUUCCACCGACAGAGCAUGCCGUCGCCGCAGGCAAAUGGCCUUUGCUGGCUUCCUGCUGACCAUUCCGCCUCUUGUCUGGAUGUUUUAUCGGCACUCCGUGUUGCGCAUACCAGGCGCUUACACUCACUAUUCACUCCUCGAGUGGUCCCUCGUCUUCUGGGAUGUGGCAUUCGAUGCUAUUGCCAUUACAGAGCUGAAGGAUAUUCGAAUCACCAUCGUAGACGUCUCGGCAUCCGGUUCACAUCCGACAUCGCACGACGGCAUGUAUAUCCGGACGACAGACCGUCGAGAGUCGUCCGCCAGCUUGCCCGUAGAGGACUGGGCCUUGGCGUUCAAGGAAGGCCAUGAGGCAUCGGACCGUCGGGCCCUCCUUGCUUGGCUGAGUGACGUAUAUCUCGCCGUGUGCUUCUGGACCGUUUUCACGAGCUUGACAUUCCAGCUCUUCUACUGGUCCGUCUGGAAGCUGGCUCUUGCGGGUUCCGAGCUAGCUCUCCUUGCCAAUUUGUCCGGUUACACCAUGGCGUGGACAUCUGGUCGAAGAUUUGCCACCUCCAAAGGCGGGCUCUUGACUCACCGAAUCAUCAUGGUCGUUGCGGGUAUGGGCUGCUACUUCAUUCCGUCCGUCAGUGUCAGACUGUUCUGCAUCUCUCUUGGAACGUGGACGGGCUGGCUUGCACAAUUCGGCAACUGGUACAGGCUGCGAGGGAGUCUUGAGAUGAUUGCCGAGGGUCAAACCAUGCUGCUCGGCAUAACCAUCACAUUGCUGUUUAAAUAUGUGAACGCCUCCACCAAUCCCCUUUGGGCGACUACUGACUGGAAUUCGGGAGGAUGGAACAUAACGGGUUUAGCGCUUGCGGCUGCAGCACUAUUCGAAUAUGCGUGUCGACCGGUCGACCUUCAUCCAGCUCCGCCGACAACUCAUACCAAAGACAAGCCGAAUCCCGUGCCUGUGGUUUCGCGGACUCACACCGCUAUGAUGGCUAUAGGCUUGGGAAGUUUUAUUCACAUGAUCCAAACGUUUGUGUCUGACCCUGGCACUAUCAUCGCAUGGACUUGGACCGGAUUUCCUGUUAAAGGCCCCACACUGCAUCCGUACGCCGGCGUGGUCAUCGCUGUUGCAUGUCUGGGUGUUCUCACUAGUGGUCAACAAAACAGCCCGAUGGCGCAUCUUGUCGGCUUCGGAGGGAUCAUCUGCCUCUACGUGUAUCCCGACUGGCUCGGCUUCUUGGGCGGGUUGGCACUAAUAUACUACCUCGUUUCCAUCGCCCCGGACUACAUUCGCGCAGGUUCAGCCCUCCCACCAGCCGCCACCUUCGGCAAUGCGUUGCUGGUCAAUUGUAUACUGGACGUUGUGUCGGUAGUCACCGCAGCUUACGCAUUCGUUCCUUAUGGAUGGCUCUUCCGGGAGCGGACGGAUAUCGUCUUGCUAUUCUGCAUGUCGACAAUCGCGCUGGGUUCCUGGGCCAGCUCUUCCAUCAAACUCCCAGGCAAUGAUAGAUUAUACCCUCGCAGCGUGGCUAGAAUGGAGGGUAUCGACCGACGAUCUAAGAUUGCAGCGGUUAUCCUAUCGAUUCUAGCGCUCGCGGCAGGAUAUGCACACAUUCCAUCGAAACCUCCUGUUCCAUAUUACCCGGAACAUCGAAUCUUUUCAGGGGGUAUCUGGGCGGUCCACUUUGGAGUCGAUGAGCCUGGGAGAGAUAGCCAACGACGAAUGAUGGAGCUGUUGAGGGAUAUGCAGGUCGAUGUCGUAGGCCUGCUGGAGACAGAUCUCCACCGGGCGGUCUACGGCAACCGCGAUCUGACACGCAUCAUCUCGGAGGAAUUGGGUUAUUACGUCGAUCUCGGACCCGGACCCAACAAGCACACCUGGGGUGCCGCUCUGCUUUCCAAAUUCCCAAUUCUCAAUUCGACACAUCAUCUCUUGCCUAGCCCGCACGGAGAGCUCGCGCCCGCAAUUCAUGCCACGCUCGACAUACAUGGUGAAAAAGUCAAUGUCUGGGUGUCCCACAAUGGCCAAGAGGAAGACGCGCUGGAUCGCGAGCUGCAGACCAUUGAAAUUGCCCGUCAUCUCGCAGAGACCGCCGACGUUCCUACAGUCUUUCUGGGCUAUCUCGUGACUAGGCCGGGAGAUCUGCGACCGUGGCCGUACCAGAUCCUGAUGGAAGACGGCAAGAUGUACGAUAUCGAAAUUGACGAUUCAUGGCGAUGGUGCGAGUAUAUUGCGUUCAGAGGCCUCUGGCGUAUCGGCUAUGCGAGGGUACACGAAUCCGACAUCACUGACACUGAGCUGCAGGUCGGCAAAUUCAUGCUGCCUCGGCCUGGUGAAAAGGUUAUAUAUGAAUCCAAUCAGGAGAUGUACUGGCACAUAGGGGAGGACGACGUACCUGAGCCAUGGCGCAUGCCUCGGGCAUUCUGGGAUACCGGAUUGCGGGGUCACAAAUACGUGGUGUGGAAAGGUCCUGUAUAUUAUAUGCCGCCGGAGCGAAGCGGUCUACGUUCCUAUGGCCGGGGUUGGAAAGCAGAACUGCCAGAAAGAAAGUAGAACGAGGAUAGAUAUCACACGCAUCGCAUGCAGACACAUAUCUCCUAU